AUCAUCAAUAAUUCCGUCGAAAUCAGACGUAUUCAAAAAUUUUUCGUGUUUUUCUCGAACUGAAUUUAUCAAAGCCACCUUUUUGAAAAUAAGAUUGACAGUUUUGACUUAAUUGAUUUUGCAAAUAUUUUUCCUUGAAGUAACUCAUUAUGCGUGUGCAGAAGUUGAACUUGGAUAUUAUAUCCAGACUUAGAAGCGGAUUUAAUGUUAACAGUAUUUCUCACUGCAUAUUUGAACUAGUUUCCAACAGCUUAGAUGCUAAAUCGACAUCCAUAGCAGUAAGAGUAAAUCUUACUACAUUUAGAAUUCAAGUUGCAGAUAACGGCGAAGGGAUUACUAAGGAAAAUAUGGAAUUUGUCGGGACCCGUUACUUUACUAACAAAUGUUGUAAUUUAAAAAAAAAUAAAAAUUCAAUAAACACAUACGGUUUUCGCGGAGAAGCAUUAGCUAGUACGGUGGAUGUAAGUCAGUCGGUAAAUAUGACGUCCAGGCAUAAACAAUCAGUUGAAACUUACUGUAAAAUUUUAAACCGCCAUGGAAAUCCAGAGGUCACAAGAGUAAAAUAUCGUCCGAGUUGUGGAACUACUGUAACAGUCAAUGACUUUCUGUAUAAUUUUCCGAUAAGAAGGAAUCGAAUUGUUCCAGAGUUAGAUCUAGACGAAAUCAAGAAAAGCUUAGAAUGUUUGAUGCUAGUUAAUCCGGAGACAUCAUUUUCCUUAAGAAAUGACGUUACCGGGCUAUUAAUCUUCAACGGCCCUAAGAGUGCCGAUAUAAUUGAAUCAUUUCGAAUUUUACAUCCUGAUGUAAAUGAAUCUUUUGUUUUACUGAAAGUAUCAAAACACAAACUCACCGUAGAGUGCCUUGUACAUAAAGACUUCGUUAAUACAGCAAGAUAUCAAUAUAUGUACGUGAACAAACGACCCAUAAUAAAUCAAAAAUUGCAAAAAUUUACUAGCCACUCGUUAAUGAAGGAAAUGGCAAAACAGAAAAAAAAAUCUACCUGCGAUAACAAAAAAUAUCCAAUAUUUGUGUUAAAUAUUAAAUGUCCUCCUUCUUUCGUAGACAUAUGCAUGAAUUCAUCCAAGGCUGAGGUUGAAUUUAAAAACUGGAAUUUAGUAUUUGCGAGUGUUGAAAAAAUUGUCAAGUCGUUCACUGGAAUAGAUCAAAGCAAGAAUAAGAUUCUUCACGUUGAACAAAAUAUUGAAUUGAAAAGUAGUACAGGUAUGUCACACAUGCACGGCGUCGUUCAGGCGCGUGCGUUUAAAAGAAAUAGCAAAAAAGAGAAAACGGAAACCAACGUCGCCGAAUAUGAAAAUGACCUGUCGAGCGGAAAAAAUCAAUACGCAAAUGCAGAUAAAGCAAAUAAAACGCAAAACUUGGUAAGCCCAGAAAACUACUUAAUACAAAACACGGAAAGUGAGCGAGCCCAAUUUAAAUCAAAAAUUCCCAAGUCUAUUAUGAGGAAACCGUUACAAAUCAGAAUUGAACCGAAAUUUGCCAAAACUAAAAAUGAAGUCGUUCACGUGGAUAAUAUGGUAGACGAAAAAGUAAAUAAAUUGCCCAUUAAUUUAGGAGAAAGUAACAACGAACGUGAUGGAAAGAAUCUUAUCAUGGACAUGUUCCUCAAAUCGACACAGAUUUAUCAACCGGACUGUCAAACGACAGAAAUUAAUCACAGCACGGAAAGUAGUCAAGAAACUAUCCUAGAAUCUAAUUUUGUCGUGGAAAAUAAAUAUCAGGACAAACGAAAAGGAAUCAAUGGCACCGUCUCCAUUUCCGUCAACAUGAAAAGAAAAAGGAUGAAAGAAAAAAACACCAAACGAUCUAAGGCGAUUCAAACCAAUUUGACAAGCAACUCUGCGUUGAAGCGCACGCAAAGUAAUUUGAGCGACCUGACUUGCAAUCUUGAUCAUUUCCGUUUGACAAGUCCAAAAAGAAAGAAACACUUUUCCGAUAAUUAUACCAUUUUAAUGACAAACACUGUCCGCAAAGAAACUCGUUUUAAAUUCGUACCAAAAACUACCGACGCAGAUAGUUCUGGCGAAAGCGACAUUAACGAUUUUCAAGCCUUGCGUUUUUGUCAUUGCAAACUUGAUGAGGGCAACAUCUUCAAUUUUGCCCGUUUGCAAAAAACCGCCAAAUGUGAAGUCUUACCAUCUUCCCAGUCUAAACAACCUUGCGCCAAAACUUACAAAACGGUCGGUGGGUUUUCAGCCAAGCAUAACAAGAUUAAUAAAUAUAAGCCAUUCGUUGGAUUACACAAAAAUAUUUAUCAAAUAAAACGACGGAACGAAGAGAAACUGAAAGUCGAUAUAUACGAGUGUGAAAAUCCAUAUUUUACAAAGAAAACAACAAAUAUUAAAGUCGAUUAUGAAAAUUUUACCCACAAUUUUAAUUUACACCCUGCAAAUGAGAUAAAUAGACAAUUUAUUCCAAAUGAUCGGAGUAAGCGGGGUGAAGAAUUAAACAACAGAAAUUGUUAUAUCGAGAAACAAAUGAUCAGAUACCCAAAAAUUAACAUCGAUGAAAUCGGCCAAGAAAACUACAAAAUGCGCUCGACUAACCAUCAUGACCGUUUUGAGCAGUCUACUUAUUUUUUUAAAAAAGAAAUGGCUUCCAUUGAUCCAGGAAAUGAUAUCAAAAAGUGGACUGUGCCGGAUCAUAAAAGUGAGCGUGGUUUUUCCGAAAACGUGUCAGAAUAUGAAUAUGAAUUUUCAUGUGCCAAUAAAACCGAAACCGAGAACCAGCGUAAAAAUGUCGAACUCGAAAAUAAUAGCAUAUUUUUUUUUAGUUCCCAAAAUGCGAACAGUCAAUUCAAGGAUAUUGCACAUGUCCCACAACAGAAUACUAAAUUUGAUCAAAUUGAUAAAGACGAUGGUUUUGACAAUAACAGCAAUCUUGCAAUAACUUUGAUAACUGAAGCGGAAAGGCAAGAAAUGUUUGAGAAAGAGCUUCACGAAAAACAAAUAUACAAUGAGUUGUUACACGGUACUGAGGCUAAUUUUAUAUUGUCAGAAAAUGCCAAUUCGGACAAUUUGUCACAGCAAACCAUGGAUCGGAGCAAAUUUAUAGCCGAUUCGCAAAAUAUUUGGAUUAGACAGUACAAUGAACGCGGUGACAAAUUUUAUGUUAACAAAAGAACCGGCAUAUCAACUUUUGAGGUUCCGAAAAUUGGUAAAAUCAAAUUUAAUUUUGAUAAAAGAUUGGGCUUUAUACCAAAAGGUAUGUCACCUAUUUUGAAAAAACACAAAGAAGUUGAUAGGUGUUUAAGCCAGAAUACCAAGACGAAGUUGCAUGCGUUUAUGUUGCAAAGUAUCGACAACGAAGUAAUGGUUAUUAAGUGGCAAAACUAUAUAGGCGAUGACCCGACAAAAUUCUUUAAUAAGAUAUAUGAAGAGAAGAGAAAAUUGUACGAAAAUUGCAUUCCCCGUAUAAACGAAAAAUCAAACAAACUGAAGAAUUUUGAAAACUGUGUUAGUUUUAAUAAAGAUAUCCUUUAUAAUCUUGACGUAAUUGGCCAAGUGGAUAAGAAAUUUAUUGCUACAGUAGACAGAUCAAAGAACGCGAUUAUAUUAUUCGAUCAGCACGCGGUUCACGAAAGGAUCAAGUUGGAAGAACUUUCAGAAAUUUACAAAGAGAGUAAAUGGCCAUGUUCGCAGAAGUUUCUAUUUUUCUUACCUCAAAAUGAUUUGUCACUUCUAAAGCGACACUUGGGUUACCUAAAUUCUUUAGGACUUGAGGUAGAAUUUUUCCCUAAUGGUAUAAACAUACUAACUAUUCCAUUGUGUAUCUGGGAAAGAUUUGAGGAAUAUUUGGAGGAUUUAGAAAAAUUACUGCAGUCUCUUUUACAUGAAAUUAUUCAUUUAGUUAAAACCACAAGGGGCUCUAUUUCCCAUAUUCCUGAAAUUAUUCAAAAUAUUAUAAAUUUGAAAGCUUGUAGAGCUGCCAUCAAGUUUGGUGACUUACUAGAUAACAAAACAUGUUCAACUCUCAUAAGCAAACUUUCUCAAUGCACGUUGCCAUUUCAAUGUGCUCAUGGUAGACCAACUUUGAUGCCUUUGGUUAGUUUAAACCAAAGCUUACCCUUGGACAAGGGUCUACCAAAUUUAGGAAGACUAGGAAGUUAUUUGUUGUGAAAAUGUUUUGGUUAUAAUUUUUUUGCAUUAUAUUUGUCAAUUUGACGUUAAUAAAAUUAUAGUUUUCCAAUCAUUUAUGACAAUUAAGCUGCAAGUUCUCUACGUAGGCUGGAAGCUGGAUAAAUUUAACAAAUAGUUUUGGUUAUUUUUGACUUAUUUAAUGUAUAAAACAUAUUUGUUUAUUUUUAUUAUUUAUGCCCUUGCUUACUACUAUCAUAAUACAAAAUUAUAAAGUAUCUAUUUGAAUGCUGCAAUACAUUUGACCAAAAGCUCUCAAUUUUACUAAAAUAUGAGUGGGAAGUCAAUUCUAAAUUUUCUAAAUCUCCAUGAAAAGAUUGA